AUGCUGACAAGUCUGCAGGAAGAGGCAAUCUGUCCAAUUUGUCUUGGACUUUUCUCCAAUCCCAUUUCUCUCUCUUGUGUGCAUGUUUUCUGCUAUCAUUCCAUUCAGAUUUGGCUACUGAAAAGGAAGGAUCUGAAAUUGAUCUGCCCCAUAUGUCGAGAAGUAACCGAGAAACCACCUUUGGAAGAAUUGCAAAUUAAGUCACUCACUUUUUCCAUCAAACAGCACAGUUUCCUACUGGAGCAAAGUCUGUGCCUGAGAGGUGAGUUUCAGAAGUUUAGGGAGGAUAUGACCCUGGAUGUAGCCACCGCAAACACCCGCCUAGUCCUCUCUGAUGACCUAAGGAAAGUCCACUGUGGGUAGAUCUGCCACAACCCGAUGGAGGAUCCCAUGGCCUGCGUCCUGGGCACCCCGUGCUCCUCCUCUGGUCGCCAUUACUGGGAGGUAGAAGUGAAAGCGGGGAAGGAGUGGGCUCUGGGAGUCUGCAAGGAAUCAGUUGACAGAAAGAGGAAGAGUGGCUUUUCCUGUGAGCAUGGCUUCUGGAUCAUCAGCAUGAGGGCAGGAGCAAUCCACUCCAGUUCCAUCUCAGAAACCAGAAUUCCUGAGAGCCCUGGCCUUAGCCACAUAGGGAUUUUUCUAGAUGUUGACAUGGAAGAAAUCAAGUUUUUUGAUGUUAGAAAUGAUGUUCUCAUCUAUAUGCACAAUAAUUUAUUUUUGGAGGCUUUGCGUCCGUUUUUCUGUCCCGAAUUGCCUGAAGGAGAAGACAGUGGUGGCCCACCGAGCAUCUGCUUGUGA